AUGAAUACAACUGAUUUAAUCAACAAGAGAAAACAAUUAAGCAAUGAGAACGAUAAUAAUAAUGAAAUGGGUUUAUUACACUCUAAUGGGCAAUCAUCCAUAUCAUCGUUGACAACGGUUAGAACAUCGCCACAAAUCACAAUAACAACAGCGAUGACAACGACGAAGACGACAACAACAACAACAGUACCAUCUUAUUGUUCAACAUUAAACAAACCAAUUUGUUCUUUAUGUGGUGAACAAUUUAAAGAAAAACAUCAUUUAACUAGACAUAUGCUAUCACAUACAUAA